GCAGUAUUCUGUACAGUAGUACUCUUGUACUUUCUACUGUAAAAUCUACAGAAUGAACAUGAUGAACAGACAGUGAUAUUAUGAGGUGCAGCUUUGAUUUGCAGCAGUGGAGUAUUUACUGGUCCGACCGGAGUCUUGCUUGCACAGGCACUGGGGAGGGGCUGAUAGCGACCCGCAGCCGAUUCCUCUUCUCUGUGGUGCGGUGUUGGUCGCCAAACACCUGCUCAGUGUUGGCAUAGCUAGCUGCACUGGCUUUAGCGAUCCCAUACUCAACAGGAAACCGAAUAAAAAAAAAGAGAGAGAAACAUGGAUUAUCGUGGAAUGGGCUCAUAUGGCGAUCCGCACCAAGACCUCCACUGUCCGAAGUACAAAGUCAUUCUGGUCGGGGAAGAAGGGGUAGGCAAGACUAGCAUAUUCCGACGGCUCAAGGACGGAACUUUCCAGGAAGGCACCGUCACGACGCUAGGACUGGACGAGUUUUCCGCCACUCGUGAACUGGGUAAUAGUGGUUCGCUGGUGCGUCUGCACCUGUGGGACACGGCUGGUUCGGAGCGGUUUCGGGCCAUGACCAAAUCCUAUUAUCACAGUGCCAAUGCAGUGGUGUUCGUGUUCAGUCUGGACCGGUCCGCGUCGCUGAUAAGCCUCAAGUACUGGAUUGACGAUGCAAAGGCGCUGGCCCCGCAGAACGCACUGCACAUAUUCGUCUGCAACAAAAUCGACCUUGCGGACGAGGAGCAGGUGAUUUAUGAAAACGAAAUCGGCGCGUUUUUCGCCUCGCCAGGUCUGAGCUCCGAGAACCUUUACAGGACAUCGGCUAAAGAAAACACGGGUAUACAGGAGGUCAUCGACGCAGUGCUAAUGAAACUGGACCAGUGUAGCCAGAGCAGUAGCCACACGGCCGGAGCAAUACGGAUGGACAGUCAGGAAGACGCGCUAAACCCCGAAAUGCCGCCGGACAACUCCAUAGCCAACAGGUGCUGCUGAUAACUUGGAUCCACUGAACUAGUGUGAUUAUGUUGAGACAUGCUCGCAUUUCUGUGGGUAAUUGAUGACCAAUGGUACUGGUUGCGGAAGUGACGGAUACGGGCUCGUUCUGAUUCAUCUAUGUGCGCGCUUUACUCUCCUCCAGCCAGUCUAGCUGCAGCCAACACCAGGAAGAUAUAGGUUGGUGCGAGAACCAGCCCAACCCCGUUGGACUGUGUCUGCCCAGGCUGGAGCAGCUGGCGGGGUGAAGCGAUGCCAAAAAGCCGCAGCCGGGCAUGAUCUUACUUCAGUCACCGUCAACGGCAUUGUCCGGUGCGUGGUUGACAUGGCUCCGACUCGUACUCGUAGCUGAUUUGUCGCCCGCGAUGGUGCUGUGGCCCAUUCGUGCUGUUAGCUGUCCUCUGAAGAACUUGGGCGCUUGCUUUGAAUUUGGGAUUUCGCUGAACUGGUAGCUACGUUCCCUUAGUUCUCAUCUCUUCUCUCACUGAAGCCAUUUGGCAUCAGCUAAGCUGUUAACUAAGCAUUCCGCUGGCUCACUUGAACGCCUUGCGGACCACGCAGUAACAAAAUAGAUCGUGAACUUGCGUGUCAGCCUACACUGGCCGCGUGCAACACACACACACACACACUGCGCACUUCAGCCGACUUGAUCAACCCUGCAUGCCGCAGAACUGUUUUUUUUGUUUUUUGUUCUUGCUUCUCACAUGAACCAUACUGUAUUCUAAAUUAUCAGCAUAGCCAAGACAUGCUGCAAACAAAGCCUUGCAUAAUAUGCAAGGAAUACAUAGAAUACAGAUAUAUUAUAUCUGUAUUCUACCUUCAAUGCAGACUUUUCAGAUCGCUAUCAUAUUGUAUUUAUACUACCCUCUUUAUAUGAAGAAAUGAAGACCAAGGACUUGAACUACAGGUUACGCUAUAAUGUCCACUAACACCACCAUUAACUUUACAAUCAGCUCAUGCGAUAACAUUGCACAUGAGCUGAUUGUAAAGAAACUGGCGGUGUUAGUGGACAUUAUAGCGUAACUUGUAGUUCCUUGGUCUUCAUUUCUUUUUAUAAAUUAAUCCUUGGCUCUCCCCCUGAGUCUAACUACCCUCUUUGUUUUCUUUUUGAAACCGUAGGAAAGACUGGGAUUGUCUGAGCAGA